AUGGCCGACACAGCGCCCCUCUUCACCGACGACGAAAGCUGGCACAAGGAUGCAGCAGGAUUGGAUGCGAUUGCAGAAUUCAACGCCAACUUCGGCGCAAGCCAGAACAAUGGGACCAUCGAUCCGCAGUUGACGUUCAGCAACCCGCAUACACCCGCUCCAUCGCAGAACAACCCGUUUAUGAAUCCACCUACUUCCAACGCUCUCGAUCAGACCCUCAGUCCCGAUCCCACAAUUUCGUACGCUGAGUACCCGCCCGACUUCCUCAACCAGGGAAUGGUUAGUCCGUACUUUCACCAGACUAUUGAAUUCAACCCACCGCAGCAAUACUUUCCCUCUCCGUUGCGCAACAUGCACAAUCUCCACCGACGCUCCGUUUCGGAACCACCAGGGCAACAACAUCAUCAGCAACCUCAACACAUGCAACAGUCAGGGAGUGGAGGGGGAGGAGGAGGGGUACCAACAGGCGGCGGCGGCGUGGUCUUCCAUCGCGACAGUCACUUCCUCGGCAAACCACUCCCAGGGACCCGACCAAUGCCGCUCAAAAGCGUAACGCGCGGCAACAGACAGUCUCGUCAACACCCAUACUCCCGUCCAAAAUCUCAACGCGGCCAGACGAUGGCGCCGACUAGUAUGCCUUUUCCACCUCAACAUCAACAUCAACAUCAACAUCAACAUCAACAUCAACAUCAAUAUCAGCAACAGCAACAGCAGCAACAACAUCAAAUGUUCGCACCCAUGGCUCCCAACAUGAUGAUGUCUCCCAUCCAUGCGAUGCCAGAUCCUUCACAAUACGCGCCUUCGAGAGUCUGUACGCCUGCUCCGGAAACUCCUUCGCCGACUUUGAGGAGACAGGUAAAGAUUGAUCCGAAUUUGACUGGUGGGAGUGAGAGGGUGAGGAGUAGUACUAUUGUGAUGACUGUUUCGGUGGAGGAAUUGAAGGAGUUGAUUUUUGAGACUGUUAGGAGGGCUGUGGCUGAGAAGGGGGAUAAAGAGAAGAGUGAGGAGGAAAGGGAUGGGGUUGCUGUGGCUAGUACUGAGGAGACGGAUGGGAUUUAA